AUGUGCGACGAUCCUUCAAAAUAUGUCGAUGAUCUCAUCUACCAUCAUUUGGAAUACACGACGGUGUUCGGCGCUUGCUUAUCAAAACCGCUGAAUUGGUCUGAAUGGGAGGGCGAUGAUGAUGAGAUUCUGGAGAAUCCGUAUAUUGUUUUAAGCGCGCCUAUUAUUUUUGCCAAUCUUUUCUUUUUCUUGUUCAUGAUUGUACGAGGACGACUCGAUAUUCGUGAAGAGCAGAACAACGCGAACAAGGAUCCCACCGCGAGGACAUCCGAAGAAUCGCCAACGAGUCAAGGCUCCUAUAUGUCAACAGAAUAUUGCUGGGUUCAGCCGAUUGACAAUGGAAUCGGAGCCACGUGA